AUGUCGUGUGAUUUAACUGACCCAAAUAUUCAAACAGCCUACGACGAGAUUGUCAGUGGUCAGGAUACUAACUGGCUCAUACUCGGCUAUAACGAUUCAAGGGAUAAAAUCUCCCUGUACUCUAAGGGUUCCGGAGGUGUCGAGGAACUUCGUCAGAAUCUUAGAGAAGAAGUCUUGUACGGCUUCUUGAGGAUUGAGAACAGAUUUGUAUUAAUUACAUACGUUAGCGAGCAAGUCAGUGGUGUUCGAAGAGCUCGUGCGUUGGUCCAUGGCAGAGCUGUGGGCGCCUUAUUUAAGGCACACCAAGUCCAAAUUAGUGCUUCAAAUUCAAAUGAUUUCUCAGAAGUUAAUAUCCGUAAUCGCCUUAAACUUAGCUCUGCCGACGAUCGGUCCCCCUCGCCUAGUCGCAAGAACACUCUUGAGCAACGCUCUCCUUCACCCUCUAGUCCACGGCCUAAUCAGACAGUCGGAUCUCCGAGUCCAUUGAAAUCGUCAAUAAGUGCCGAACCAGAAGAUACUCUAGAUAACGUAGACGAGGCCGAAAGGGAGCGCGAAGCGGCACAGAGGAAAGACGCCGAGAGGAUUGCAAGAGAAGCUGCUGCGCGGAGACAGCAGGAGGAGUCGGAGAGAAAAAAGCAAGAGGGAAAAGAAGCUCAGCUAAGAGAAAAAGCUGCUGCUGAAGCUAGGAUGAGAGCUGAGGCUGAGAAAAAAUUGAGAAUGGAAGCGGAAAGGAAGAAGGAUGAAGAAUUAAAGAGUAAAUUUGCCGAAUUAGAGAAAAGUGGAAAGGUUUUACUCGAUGGAUUUAUCACAGUUCAAGGUGGUGGUGUAUACUUUUGGAAACGCCGCUUCUUCGAAUUACGUGGUAAAACACUUUAUUUGUUCCGCGACGAUAAUGAAAAACUUCCCAUCUCCAAACUGGAACUUGACGGAGAAGUAGUUAAUGUGCAGGAUGCGCAAACUGAUGUCCUCAUAAGCAACUCGGUCAAAGUCGAUUUCCGAUCGACUGACCCGUAUUACUUCUUUACUGAUGACAGGAAAAGCAAAGACCUGUUCUUUUCUGCUAUAGAGCGAUAUGUCAAGUAG